GAUACCUGCCAGUUUCCCACAAUCCACACCACCUUUAACGAGCUGCUUGAGCAUCCAGGUCCUAGUGACAGCCAUGGCAAGUGGAGUGUUUUGACCUUUGAGGUUUGGAUCUGCAUGUCGCGAUACAACGAGGGCUAGUGUUUCUGGCUUGUUGUCGAUGAAUGACCAUCGUCAGUGGCGUAUAAAAUUCAUUAGAAUCCACAUCGGCAUCCAGAAGUAUUUGCACCGAUUCUAGCGAAUUGUGAUGCAGGGCCUUCUCAAGAGCUUCCAGAUUCUUCUUAAGUCUACGCCACUGUCCAAGGGGAUAUGAAGUAGUUCAGACCGGCGUGUAGCUAUGAAGACUGGCACAUUCCGAUCUUUCAGAUUCGAAUCACGGCUAAGAGAAAGCAUCGCCAGAUACUUUUGGAUCUGCGUCAUGCCGGGUCAACAAAUCUACCUCGUCUUCUCGGCUGACUUCACAAGCUAUCCCGAGAAGCGUACUUUUUACCUGUAAAUUUGGGAUUCGGAUCUGCCCUAAAAUGGAGAAGCAGAUUAACAAUCUCGAUAUUUUUACUCUUGAUAGCUUCUACCAAACCAUUCUCUUCUGGACCAGUAUCUGGUGGAACUCCUCUACAGAGCAGCUGCUUAAUUUGAGGUGUCUGAUGUCUGAAACAUUGUAGAAAGAGUUUCAGCUGACAGAUGUUUGCUCUCAGUGUCCAUUUGUUGUUGCUUCCGUUCUAGAAGUUGAGUGGAAAGGGGCGCCACGUGAAGGCCACUACAAAGUAGAAACGUAUGUGGCGUAUGUCUGUCACACAAUCUG